AGCAUAUACAAACCCAAACAAGAUGUUGGAGAAAGCAACGGUUCGAAAAGGCGAAAACCCACUGUUACUGCCAAUGGAAUCUGAAAACGAAUCAGAGAUUGCUCCGCACAGAGAAGAAGAAGAAGACGAAGAAGAAGCAGAAGAAGAACGCCCACUGGUGCUGAAAACAACGAAAGUGGUUGAAUAUUUGGUGCCAUUAAUGGGACUUGAACUUCUUUGCAAGUUCCCUGAUAACUCCGCCUAUGAUUUUGAUUACUCUCGUAGCACUAUUUGGUCCCCUUUGGUUCCCAGACCUUAUAGCCCCAUGGAUUUCGAUCUCAUAACCCCCACAAAGCUUUCUUUCACCAAUUCUUCCAACUUCUUUAGACCCAGAAGCAGCGCCAUCAAGGUGGCUUCUAAGCUUAGGAAGAAGCUCAACCUUGAUUUCAUCAAGAACAAGAACAAGAAGAUGGUUUCUGAUUUGUCCCCAAUACCUCCAAGAAUUAAGGCUGCUACUACUUGCAAUUGCAACCCCAUCAUCAAGAAGGGAUGGGCGAAGGCACUAAAAGCUGCAUCGAAACAGUUUAAGAGAUGGAAAUCUAAGAGAGAUCCCAUUGCCCAUGUCAUGCUACCCAAAUCUUUCAGCGAUGGAGACUUUUAAUUUGGUUUACAAAAAAUUUAAGAUCAAAUAAUUUGGUUUUUAAUUUUUUUUUUUAUUACUAUGAAGUCUUUGAUGGAUUGGUCCUUCCGUAAUAUUAUUUAAAGUGAGGGAGGGACCAAUGUGUAAUUAUCAGGGACUUACUAAGUAAUAAAAAUGUAUUAGAAACUAAAGUUUUUAUCUAAAAUUUGUUGAUUAAUUACCCUAUUCAUUCUAUCGACAACUACUACAAGAAGAAGUGUAAUUGUUCUUUCUUUGUAUACAACCACAAUGUACUUUUACGUGCCACGAAAUUUCUGAAUCUUUCUUAUUUA